AUGGAAGCCACAGCUUGGGAUGAUGGAUACCCAAAGCAUAAAGGCUGGGUCCGUUGCGGCUGCGACUACGUUCCACCUGCCUGGGGAGAAGAAAGAGGAUGCGGGUAUAAUGAUUGCGAAGGGGGGUUUCACGGCAGUGAUGGAGGUGUUUGGAUUGACUGGGAGUUCAAAGGAGGGGCGACAAAGAGGAGAUGGUAUUGUGACUGGGAUUGUGCUACGUGGACAGCUGAACAAUUGUGUGAAUGCGACGAUUCAGAUUGUCUUUGCGGCGGCUAA